AUGCGUGCACUUGUUUUCCUUUUGGGAUUGUCCUCGGCUUUAGCGGCUCUUCAAACCACUACAGAUGUAAUUGCGGCUGUAGAUAAAUCGUUCUUGGCUGUGGACACCAACGACGAUAGUGUGAUGGAGCUUUACGAACUUACGAAUAGCUACCUGCAUUUAGAUGCCAAUAAUGAUGGCAAAAUAAGCGAGUUUGAGUUCGAGUCACGUUCUACAAACCAUACCUACACAAGGGUUGUCUUUCUGGAGCUUGACCAUGACCAGGAUGGCUAUCUUGACAUGAGUUCAGUAUAUGGGCAGUAUUCCAUAAUGGACGCGAACACGGACAAUAUAGUGAGCCGGGCGGAAUUCGAUAAUUACUAUACCACAGUCAUUAAAGAUGCUGUAGAUAACUAUGGACAUUUGGUUGGACUGGCUCCAAUUCAAAAGUGA